GCGCGCGCGCGCGUGUGUGUGUGUGUGUGUUCCCCGCCGCUCACGUGACCGGGGUGACUCGGCGCUCACGUGACCGCGCGGCGGGGCCGUGCCGGAGCCGGGGCCGCGCUCGCCAUGGGCUGCUGCUACAGCAGCGAGGCCGAAGCCUCCGACCAGGAGGAAGAGACAAAGCGGCUGCUGGAGCCGGCAGCCAGCCCACCCAACAAAGUGCUGAAUGGAGCGGAGCAGAGCUACCACAACCUCCCGUCGGCACGCACCGAUGAGCAGGCCAUGCUGUCCUCCAUCCUCGCCAAAACAGCCAUCAACAUCAUCGACGUGUCGGCAGCAGAUUCCCAGGGCAUGGAGCAGCACGAGUACAUGGACAGAGCCAGGCAGUACAGCACACGGCUGGCCAUGCUCAGCAGCAACCUGACGCACUGGAAGAAGCUCCCACUGCUGCCGUCUCUGACUAACCAACCGCACCAAGUGCUUGCCAGUGACCCUGUCCCCUUCGCAGACCUGCAGCAGGUGUCCCGGAUAGCUGCCUACGCCUUCAGUGCGCUCUCACAGAUCCGUGUUGACGCCAAAGAAGAACUGGUUGUACAGUUUGGCAUCCCCUGAGCCUGCCCCCACCACCUCUGCUCCACCGCUUUGGGUUGUUUUUGGUUUUUUCCCUAUUUUUUUCUCUUUAUAUCCCUUCCCUCCCCACGGUGAUGCCACAGAACUUGGACAGAUACCCUGUUUCCUACUAAAUGCCAAGGCGCCCAUCAUUGGCACAUCGAGCCCACCUGCAUUGCUUGAGGCUUUCUCCUCCUCAUGGGUGGGUGGGUGUGCGUGGGGAGGAGGCUGUGUCAGCUGGACGCUGCCUUGCACAGGGAUGAGCACAAAGGGAACAGCCGGUGCAAGAAGGCCCUGGUGUGGGUCAGCACUGUGUGCCAGGUCACCAGGAUGGGUGGGCUGGAACCAGGCAGAUGUGAUGCUCUGUGUGGGGCCUGGUGGCUCCAACACCAUCCCUUCUCAUUUUUACAUGUUUAGACCUUUAUUUUGGUUUUUGUGUUGGUUUUUUUUUUUUAAUUACUAUUAUUUUUUGCCACAGUAGAUAAAGCCACGUUCAUCCAG